GGCAACCCAGUUGGCUACGGAAGUAAAAUAGCCACUAUCCAUUUAAACUAGAUAAACAGGCGGCAAAACGAAACCAAUGGCACUAACUGCUAUAGUAUUUUCUGUAGUUUUACUCAGCCUUUCAUGAUAUUCUCCAACCACAUGAUAUUCUCCAACCACAGAAUAUUCCGCUGGGUUAACUACCAAGACGAUGUGAAGAAGUGUUUAUUUGUAUGCAGCCGACAGGAAGGAUAUAACCUGCAGUGUAAGGCUACCGAAAAUAACUGGAGUCUACUCAUAACAUUUCGUGUUCCGGUUUGCUAAAUUGAAACGUUUUUGUCAUUGAGAGUGUAGUUUUACAUGUAUAUGCACUCUGUUUUGAUAUCGCUAUUGCAAACAAAAUGGAGGUUGCUAAGUUGUCUGUACCAUGGAUCAGGCUUAGUUUAACAGCGAGUGUUAUUGAACUGUUUCUGUGAGAGACAUAGUUACACAUAAAUACAUUAAACUCAUAGACGGAUUCAUUCCAGAAUAAAAGCACAAUAUGUAACGUUAAUGAUUAUGUUUACAAUAAAACAGGGUGUUUUGUUAUGGGACACGCCUCACUAACAGGCAUUAAAACAAUAGAAUAUUAAAAGGAGGUCCAGACACACAGAAUGACCGACUCUGAGGACACAGACAGUGUUCCCGGCUGCUCCGGCCUCAGCAGCGGGGCAGCGCAGAGUUUUCCCCCGGGCAGAGGACUACUAGGCCGGGUAAGGAGUCUGUCCUCCCCCGCCCCCCCUGCAAGACUGACCUCGCUCAGAACAAGGGACUUGACACUGGGGGGAGUCUUUAAGAAACCAAAGAAAUCCUUUGAGCCAAAUGUCCAUGCUGUGAGGAAACACAAAGAUGAGUUAAAGGAAGAGAUCAGAGCGGCUCCUAAAAAAGAGAAGAGAGAGAGGGAUGAGAGGAAGAGGGAGAGCAGGGGGAGGAGGAGAGAGAGGCUGCAGACCAUCCAGUCUCACUCCAUCUUCGAGCAGGGUCCUGCCGACACCGUACGCAAAACAGGCUGGCGUGGUGCUACAGACCUACACGCCUCCACCACAUCACCUGCCUGUAAACUGGUGAAGAAGGAGAGGAAGGAGUCGGAGGAGGAGGAGGAGUCGGAUGAAGACGAGAUACUCAGUAAACUACAAAGGGACGAUUUCAUAGAUGAUCCAGGUCUGAGGAACGAUGAAAAGCUGACACCCAUCCAGCUGCCUCUGUGUCAGCCCAGCAGCUUCUCAAAGACACGGACAUCCAGCACAUGUCCAGAGAAGCCUCGUGUGUUCAGAGCUCCAUCCUGUAGAGCCGGAAUCAGAACAGAGCUGCCCAGAGCAGAGCAGCCGUCUGUGGGAGAGCUGCUGCAGCAGCUCAGCCUGUCGGACAGAGAGGAGCUCUUCUUCAUGCAGCUUCCUGACAGCAUGCCGGGCAGAGCUGCACAGAAAGUGGACCCCCCUCCAGCACCUGCAGCAGAGAAACCUGCCAAGAAGGAAGGCAAGCUUGCAGACAAGAGGCCGGCACAGCUGCAAGCACAGCAGGUGCCGCUGAAGGAGGGCUGUCCCGUGCUGUCCCAGCUGCCAGAAGGAUUUCUGGGUAAACUGCAGAUCAGGAAGUCCGGAAAGGUGGAGCUGAAGAUGGGUCAGGUUGUGAUGGACGUCUCUGAGGGAGCUGCUUUCUCCUUCCUGCAGGUACUGGGUGGUGACUAGCAACUGGUGUCUGUGCGUCUGUCUGACGGUCGAACUGGAGACAUGAUGGUGUUGGGAAACGUCCGCCACAAACUGGUCUUAUCUCCUGACUUCCAGGCGUUACUGAGAGAAGCUUCACCACAGCAGCCACAAGGACCCUGAACGCCUCUCGAGGUCACUGACUCUUUGGUGCUUUUCAAGCUCCAGCUCCGAACCGGCCCUGAAACACCGUUGGUGUGAAUGAGGUAUCAGACACUGUGUGAGAACUGUGUACGAUGGCUGAUCAGAUGUUGUGGGACCACACCCACACACCACUGUGAAGGAAGUGACCUGGAGUCUAAUAUAUUCUUCAUACCUCUGGUUUGAGGUUAAGGCAGCUAUGCAGGCUAUCAACGGCGACCUGCAUUAUUUGUAUGCUAGAAUUGAGCCUAGCACAUUUUAAAUAUCGUGUGAUAGAAAAACAAACUCAUAAACAGUUUUUACCUCUGAUGUGAAGACACUGCCAGUUUUUGAAAAGAUGCUUUAAAAUCAUUGUAUUAGAACCCUCCCCGCUGAUCUACAAGGACUCAAUUGUACCUGAGCACUGAAUACCUGUUAACUGAUGACUUCUUAUCAGUUGUACAUCCACCAGCAGACACUCAGAAUGAUAGUGACACCAGGUUGUGAUCAUUAUGCCGGAAGCUUCCAGACUUUAGUCCAACACUGAGUGACUGUCAUUUGAAUUUACAGAUGCUUUCAUAACGGAACUUUCCCAUGCUUCAGUGUAUCAGUCUGUGGAUGAUAGUUGAUCCAGUAGAUGCACUUAUUGCAGUUACGUUUUCUCUCCACUAGAUUGCGCCUACUAUACAUGUUGUAUUCUGAUCUGCUGUUAAUCUGUUACUUCCUCUAUUUUUACUUGUCUGUUUUAACAUGCUUUGUAUAUUCUAUUUUUGUAAACCUGUAAUUAUCUCUUGAAGAAAAUAGAUUUGAAUGUCAAGGGACUUCCUGGUUAAAUAAAAAACAACUCAUGUACAGCUGGAA